UCGGCGUCUCCCGCACGAGUUAACUACCUGAUUGGAGUUUCGAUUCAUAGUAGCUUCGCAAACUAGUGGCUUGUGGCGGUUUCUUAAAUUACCCAAAGAAAUCGUUGACCACUUCUCAGAGAUGUCUGAGAAAUUCUCACCGGCGCUUCGGAUAGCAGAUCUUAACGAUUUCAUUGCGCCGUCGCAGGCCUGCAUAGUUUCCCUCAAGGGGUUGAAAAAGCCCGAAAAAGUUGAGGUUUCAAUAGCUGACAGACAAGUGAAGUCAGGACCUGUUAAAAUUUCGCUCAAGGAUUGUUUGGCUUGCAGUGGAUGUGUCACAUCGGCGGAGACAGUUAUGCUGGAGAAGCAAGGUUUGGAUGAGUUUCUAUCCAAUAUUAAUAAAGGAAAGACCGUGAUUGUUUCUGUUUCUCCACAGUCAAGGGCUUCUAUUGCAGCUCAUUUUGGCGUUUCUCCUCUUCAGGCUUUCAAAAAGUUGACAAGAUUUUUCAAAUCCUUGGGGGUGAAGGCUAUUUUUGAUACAAGUUGCAGUAGAGACUUGACCUUGGUUGAAUCUUGCGUGGAAUUCACCACAAGAUAUAAACAAAGUCAAUUGGUAGAUGAUGAGAGGAGUAAGUCAAGCCUACCUAUGAUUGCAUCAGCAUGCCCAGGUUGGAUAUGCUAUGCUGAAAAGCAACUUGGAUCCUUUGUUCUACCUUACAUUUCAUCAGUGAAGAGUCCCCAACAAACAAUUGGAACUAUCAUAAAGCGUUAUGUAUGCCAAGAUAUGGGACUCAGGCCAGAAGAAGUAUACCAUGUCACUGUGAUGCCAUGUUAUGAUAAGAAGCUAGAGGCUUCUAGGGACGACUUUGUUUUCCAAUUAGAGUCUAAUGUCGAAGGGCGUGAAGGUGAAGAUAGCAUGAUUUUGGAGGUAGAUUCAGUAUUGACAACUGGAGAGAUUUUGGAACUGAUUCAGUUAAAAGAAGUUGUUUUUAAAAGCUUAGAAGAGGCUCCUCUGGAUAAACUGCUAACAAAUAUUAACGAAGAAGGAUACCUCUAUGGAGUCCGCGGAAGCUCUGGAGGCUACGCAGAAACAAUAUUCCGAUAUGCUGCUAAAACACUUUUCGGAAGACAUAUUGAUGGCCCUUUGAACUUUAGAAACAUUAGAAAUUCAGAUUUUAAGGAAGUUACUCUGGAGGUUGAGGGAGAAACAGUGUUGAAAUUUGCUCUCUGUUAUGGUUUCCGUAACUUGCAAAACACUGUACGAAAACUUAAAACAGGGAAAUAUGAUUAUCAUUUCCUGGAAAUCAUGGCAUGCCCUUCAGGUUGCUUAAAUGGGGGAGGUCAAAUCAAACCAGUUUCAGGGCAAUCUGCUAUAGAACUGAGUCAUUUAUUAGAAUCAGUUUACAUGGAAAAUGUAUUGGCAGCAGAUCCGUUUGACAAUCCCAUUAUAAAAGGUUUAUAUGACAAGUGGCUUGAGCAGCCCGGUUCUGAGAAAGCUAGGAGAUACAUGCAUACACAAUAUCAUCCUGUUGAGAAAAGCAUCACUUCUCAGUUGCAUAAUUGGUGAGGUGUUGAAACUCAACUUUUGGUAGUCUCCUUCUCAAGGUAAUUUUAUGAUAUAGGAAGAAGAUUAUUUUAAUAUCUGUGCUCUGACUCCUUGUUGAUAUGUUGUCAUAUUGGAGUGGAGUCAUCCAAUUUUGGUAGUGAACUCGGAUAUUUUGUUUGAAAUAAUGUAUAUAUUAUAGGUCUCUGAUCUAUACCUAUUUAUUUAGAUAGAGAAUAAAGAACCACAUAAACAUUUGUAAUGGACCCUCUGCGAUAUAGGUUCUAAAUAAAAGAUUCCCCAUCUACAUGUGACCUUGUGAGAGAGUGAUUAGGGGACCAGAUUAGAGUGACGGUGCCGGUUGUUGGAGCACAAAUUGUAGUAUUUUUCACUUUGCAUUUAUCAACUAAAUCGAAUGAAACAGCACAGCUUUUUGCUCAUACUA